CGUAGCACGUACACUCUUUCUUGACCGGCUGCUGUGGUAGAGGACGUUGGAGUCACACGGGAGAGAAGUGAUACGUUUUAUUUCAUUCGUUUUUUGAACCGAAACCCCACAAGUUCUGUCCAGAAUGUUCUCCCGCGUUGCAAGACCAACUGUCAGCGUUGCUCGCAGUCUUUCCACAUCUUCACAGAGCCAUGCUAAAGUAGCAGUGUUGGGUGCGUCGGGAGGCAUUGGGCAGCCGCUGUCGCUCCUGCUGAAGAACAGCCCCCUGGUCAGCCACCUGAACCUCUACGACAUCGCUCACACUCCCGGAGUCGCCGCCGACCUCAGCCACAUCGAGACCCGCGCACAGGUCAAAGGCUUCAUCGGUGCUGACCAGCUGGAUGCCGCAGUGAAGGGAUGUGAGGUGGUAGUCAUCCCUGCCGGAGUGCCCAGGAAACCAGGUAUGACCCGUGAUGACCUCUUCAACACCAACGCCACCAUCGUGGCCAUCCUGGCUGAUGCCAUUGCCCGUAACUGCCCAGAGGCCAUGAUCUGCAUCAUCGCCAACCCCGUCAACUCUACUAUUCCCAUCACAUCAGAGAUAAUGAAGAAGCACGGCGUGUACAACCCCAACCGCGUGUUUGGAGUCACCACACUGGACAUCGUCAGAGCAAACGCCUUUGUGGCAGAGCUCAAGGGGCUGGACCCAGCACGAGUUAAUGUGCCCGUGAUUGGAGGCCAUGCAGGAAAGACCAUCAUCCCCCUCAUCUCACAGUGCACACCUAAGGUGGAGUUUCCUGCUGACCAGUUGGCGGCGCUGACGGGCCGGAUCCAGGAGGCGGGCACAGAGGUGGUGAAGGCCAAGGCUGGAGCAGGCUCUGCCACCCUGUCCAUGGCGUAUGCGGGCGCACGCUUCACCUUCUCUGUACUGGACGCCAUGAACGGCAAGGAGGGCGUGGUCGAGUGUGCCUACGUGCGCUCAGAAGAGACCGAGUGCAAGUACUUCUCAACACCACUGCUGCUCGGGAAAAACGGCAUUGAGAAGAACCUGGGCCUGGGCAAGCUGACUGCCUUUGAGGAGAAGCUGGUCGCUGACGCCAUCGGCGAGCUCAAGUCCUCCAUCAAGAAGGGCGAAGACUUUGUGGCAAACAUGAAGUGAGCGGGCGAGCGAGCGGGCGGCAGGUUCUCUCUCCUUGAGAACGAGCACUUAUUUAUGUAGUCCAGUUUGAUCUGUCCGGAGCAUCUUUUGAGUCGAGUCUUCAUCAUGACGGGUGACAUAGCAGCUUGUUACUGAUCCAACCUUCCCAUGGCUUCACCAAUAAACAGUGUCCUCUACCACACAUAAGUGGACGUUUGUUUGUGUUGUCGAGUGCUGUGUUUGUGUUUACCUGAGUGGAAUAUCAUGAAGCAACAUACCUGGAUGACUGCACCAAGUGAAACAUAGCUGUUGUUAGUAACCUUAAUCAUUACCGCUCUAUAUGUAAAAUGUGGUUGUCAAGUUUUGCUCUGCACGCGUGUGUUUUUAAAUCGGCAAUCUUGCUUUGUGAAGACUCCUCAGGAUUCCCCCUCCCCAUCUCAUUUCAAGCCACUAGUUAUGCUUUCAUUAAGGGAUUCAUUUCGACGUCUUCUCCUGGCACCCUGACGACAGGUGAGUGUGGACCCUGUGCCCGCCCGUCUCGGCUGGCUGCUGUCGGAACUACAGCCCGCACUGCUUGACCUAACCACUGGUUCACGAUUAACGCACACUGGAGGACUGUCAGACAUGGCAACAACCAAUCAUCAAAUAAAUAUCUGCUAUAGCUA